AUGCUCCUGCUUAUGCCGAUGCCGUUGCUUUGGACGCUGCAUAUGACCAGAGCAAAGAAGAUUGGCGUUUCGAUCGUCUUUGCCAACGGUGGUGUCAUUGCAGCUAUCGCCAUCAAAAGACAGUACAUACUCUACACCUCGCCUGACGCCGCAGGCCCUAGCUGGGAUAUCGUACAGAUCAAAGACUGGAUAACCAUCGAAGUCAACCUCGCAAUCAUCUGCGGCUGCCUCCCCGGCCUGCAACCGCUUUUCCGUAAAAUCCCCCUCCUCAUCCCUUUCCUUCCCUUCCACCUCCGCUCCAAAUUCAGUGGCGGCCACAGCGCUAUGGAGCACUCUUCAUGGGCCAAAGAGGCUCAGUGGGCCUCGGCAUGCUGGCGGCCAGAAACUGGAAAAAGGCCAAAACAGGCAGCAGGCGCCGUUGAGAAUGCCGGAUGA